AUGUCCGAGUGCACUGUGUACUCUCCAUGUGGCCGCUACGUGGUGCAGUUUUCCUCGGAUGCGACCCAAAAGCUGCUGCGCCUUAACGUCACGAGGAACGCACUAAUACCAAUCAAAGGGGGCGCGCUGGCCGCCGAUGACAGCGGCUGUGACAAAGCGCUCGUUGCCGCAGUCACUGGGCCUCUGAUGCCCUUCUCCGCAGUUCAUCCACUGCGGCUCGCUGCUUCACUCACAGAAAUGGAUGUACUUGCACUGACAACAUCCGCUGGCGUCCGCAAAUCCUUCACGAAUUUUGUGCAGAUGCUCUACGACGCGCUCAUUGGUCGCUCCCCGUGCUUGCACUUUUUUGUGGAGACGGUAGCAGAGAUGAAGGAGCGCAUUCAGCGGGAUGUGCAGCGACAGGCACCUCCGUCCCGGACCGCGCACGGCGCCGAGGCUCAGCCAUCGAGUGCGAGACGCACCGGCGAGCUAAACAUCGACUCAGCUGCCUUAGCUUCUUUAGCAAUAACUGGAAGUGGCGUCAUGGCCAACACUGGCAAAGAGUAUAUUCGCACCGCUGUCGGCGACACGGUGAUUGAGCUGGACGAGGACAUCGCCAGUGAAGUUUUAGAGCAGCGCUUCUUGACGCUGGACUACGACGUCGACUUCACACGUGCCAUCUUUCCUAUCCCCCUCCUCCCUGAUGACACGGAGGAGGCCUCUGUAGGGGGAGCCGGCGGCGCCAUGCACGCACGCAAGGAUACGGCGAGUGCCUCUCCAGCCAACCUAGCUAAGGCGACCUUAGAGCCCUCUGUAGUGAGCGCCUCCCUUUCGACAGCUGCGUCGGUGCCUGCAUCAGAGGUGGAGGCACUUCGCAACGAUCUUCUCCGCGCCCGAGCCUGUCUUACCCGGCUUGAGUCCGAAAAUGCGAAGCUGAGGCGGGAGAACGAGGCACUGGUGCAGCUGAGCCGGCAGAAGAUGCACGAGAUGCAGCGGCUGUGCGAGGACUUCCAGCACCAAGUUCAACUCGCUGCGGAUGCGGAGAAGCUUAGAGCCAAAAACGCAGAGUUGCGAGUGCAGCUGCAGGAGGCGCUAGAGAGUCAGCAGUUGACUCGGCGUGCUUUACAGCGCACGCAAAGUCAGCGUCGUUUUUUGCACCCCGCUAACGCUAUCGGUGGCGGCAGGGGUAGUGCUCACCGGCCCACCAGCAGCCACUGCCGCAGCGAGAACCCGUACCUGCGGUCUCUCUCUCGCGAAUCACACGACUGCAACGCCGGAGUGUCGUCGCAGCCGCCCUACAGCAGGCAGCGAUGGGCAGGUGGCACCGCGUCUCGUACAUCAGCGACGCGACGUGGGCGGCCGCUGAUGUCUCCAACAUCUCCAUCAGCCGCCUUGCGCGGCACUCAUGCGCAGCGCGCGCCUUCAUCUUCAACACACCGGCGUCACUCUACGCGGUUCGACACGCCACCGCUGCCGUCGGAUCCAGCUUCCUCCACCGCAACAGUUUCUCUUCGGUAUCGAUCACGCAGCCACAGAGGCGAUGGUAGCAGCAGCGCGAGAGACGGGGGAGGCGACUCACCUGCGCCGCAUGGUCGCACUGGUGGCCGACCAGAGAAGUCUCAAAAGCCACAGCGGCGGAGCAGCAGUGGUAAUAUGCCGCACGGCUCACGGGCAUCCUCCGCACACUCGCUGCCGCAACGAGGGUCCAGCUUGUGGGCAGAUAGUAGCGAUCGCGAAAGUCCGUGCGGCUCCGUGGCUUCCUCGCGGUGCUCGAGUAUAAACCAUGAGCGACUUUACCGCACCGCGACAGCGAGCAGCAGGAUGCACCAAACACCAAAGAUGUACCCACUUAACAGCUCCAGCGCACCUCGACGAGCUGUGUUUCACUGA